CCCGGCAAAACUUAUCAAGUCAGUGUACGUGAAACAUAUGAUAUGCAAAGCAUUACUAAAACAUAACAAAAAUAGCAUGGCCCCUCCAAAGUGGACAUCAGUCGAACAAGAGGCUUGGCUGCAACCUUGGUAUGAAAAAUUCAAGGUAAAGCAGAGCGAAAAACACAAGAAUUACAAGAACUUUUUUGCCGACCUCAACGAACAAUGGUUCGAAGAGUUCCCAGAACCAAGGCCAAGUCAUAUCACGCAGGUAGGACCCCUGACGUUAAUAGAGGAAGCUGAGAUGGGUGUGGCUUGUGAUGCACGUAAAGCGGUGAGUAUUGGCCCAUUAGGCAAUGAACAAACAACUCAACUAAUACAUGCGACAAAGAAAUUAUCUACACGAUUCAAAAAUAGCCUGGGAAGUUCAAAGACAGGGAGAAAGGCGAAGGCGGAUACAACGAAUGUAAUUGAUGCCGUCAUUCGCAGCAUUACUGAGUGCGAGAAGCCCACACGUAUGCUUCAAGAACAAGAGGCAUACUCGAAAUUGUUCUAUACGACCCGUGUUCAGCCAACCGUAAAAGAAUCCCUGAAAGCUGUUCAGGAACACAGGACACUCACCAAUGGCGAACGUGUCGCUCUUGUGAAGAAGGAGACUGCAGCAUUGUAUGCCCAGGAGUCACCUGAUAUCAAAGAUCAAGUGAAGCAGUAUCUUGAAGACGAGAAGCAGCGCAAACUCCAAAUCAAGCAAGACGGACGGAGCCAAGUGUCUGACUAUUCACGAAACCUCGAUAAACUUGCGGCAGUCGCCAAUUCAUUCCUGAAAGGGCUGGCGGAGGCAACUGGGAUGUCGUUCUCCCUCCUUGCUGGGGGUCCAUCUCCCGAGGCACAUGGGGCAAUUGACGUCUAUAGUUUUCAUAUUGGUCAAACCAAGCUAGGUAACAACUUUAACACGGCUUACCCUGGGUUUGAUGUUAGUGUGAUGGAGCCUUUCCGGGAUUUUCUGCAUCGAGUACAUCCGGAGGCUGGUGUAUCGACACCACAAGAGGGCAGUAGUGAAAUCAGUGGCGACACAGGUGGCUUAUCGACACCUUUGGAUGCCACUGACUUGGAUCUAUAUGAGUCAGGCAACGACCUUCUGUCCUUUUUGGAUGUAUCAUCAGGUACCAACAGCGGCGUUCCUGAUACCUUGUCCAUGGAGGAUACAUCACUAUGGUCUGAUGUGCAAUCAGCGCAGCCUGCGCUUGAUCAACUCCCCUCACAAUCUCACGUCCUUCCGGAGUCAGCCACGACGCCUUUGCUCCCUUCAUACAGUGAUACCUAUAUGCCUCCGGACUUGGAUGCAUUUCUUGCUCAGCUGGAGGUUCAGCUGGCGUUAGAACCAGGUGCAUCAGAAACCGAAACCACUACUCUGCCGCCCAUGUCAACGCUUCACUCGGCAUCACCUCUCACAACCACCGCCAGUACCUCCAUUCCCCCACCAGAUACCACCGGCAACUUGAGUAUACUGCCCGCUGUCUCUCACACUCCCCAACCGGUUGGAACACUUACCAGUGAACUUCCUCCUGCUUCGACAACUGGUUCGUUGAACGUGGAUCCAUUGGCGCAUGCUUCGACAACUGGUUCAUUGGACGGGGACCCAUUGGCGCCUACCUCGGGUAGCGAAUGUCUUGAUGACAUAGGUGUCAAUACUGAGAAAGAUGGGCCAGCGCUUGAAACACGCAGGACCAAGCGCAUCCCCAAGCCAUCAACACGCAACGACACUGCGAACGCGAUUGGCGGUUCUCGGAAGGAAAACAAGCGCCCCGCUGAUACGUCUUCAGACCAUGGACCUAAGAGGACGAAAGUGUGAUAUAUCUAACAUAUUCCCGCAACUCGCUCAUUUCAUCUUGCCCGUCAUUUAUUCUUUGUGAUAUAUGCGUAGUACUUGCCAAUCGUGUAAUGAACACCUGUUCUCGAAACUUA